GUUCGUGCACAAGCAUCUCCGAGUCACCCCAACUACUUGUGUCUGCAUUCAAUCAACACCUCUCGACCAUGUCUCACCAGAGUCAAGGUCAGAAACCGCGUCAAUUUGAAGCACUGUCUGUCGAAGAUCAGGAGACAGUAGACAAAAACAUCAAGGACGACAUCGGACGUCUCAAAGCCGACUCUCAUCCGCUCUCGCCCGACAUCCUCGGACAAGUCAUUUACACCGUGGUGUCGUGGUUUCAGGGAACAUCGAUAGCCAACACUAUCAAAACAGCAGGACGCCCGGAAAUCAAGCAGCUAACCUCAAAAUUAUCUCAAGACAGAAUCAAUGCAUACUCUGAACUCUUCAGAGCCGCGACCGACGAGAAUGGGCCGGAGACCUGGGCAUAUUUUAUUGACCAACCGGAGUUGCGGAAAGUCCCUGAUCACGGUCAAGCCGUCCUUGCUCGAGAUCGUGUCUUCGAAACGAGCAUUGAUGACCCCAGAAUACAGAUCAAAGCAACCGAGGCAUCUUGGAAUUCCGAGUUCCAGGGCGAUGCGCAUAAGGCGUUGUGGACGUAUCUCAACACAAGCUAUAACCCAACCAAAUCCAAAGUCAGCACGGAAGUAUUUACCCCUUAUUCAGCAAUUAUCCAGUCGACAGGCGUUGGCAAGUCGCGACUGAUAGACAAGGUCUCGGAAUCACAUUUUGUUAUUCCGUUGAACCUCAGCGCAAAUGGGACUGGAUAUCCUCCUGGCGACGAAGUUGUCUUGUUCUUCCUGAGUUCGGGAAAGACACAGAAAGACACAUUCAGACGAUGUUGCGCAUUUCUGCGUGCUCUGUUUGACCAUGCUAUAGCUAUUAUUCAAGGAGACUAUUUCAAGGAAGCACGGGAGGCUGGUCUAUCAGCAUUGGCCAGUAUGUUCCGGUUGACAAUGUCAGAUGGUAUGACGUUCGCAAGACAUGGCGAGUUCAGACGAGCCUUCUAUUCGAAGGUGCUCACAUUGGCCGAACAAUAUUCCACUGAGGGGAAACAGCCAGCAGGUGCUGAUGCUAAGGGACGGCUCAGCCAGAAGAAACGGAGCAAGGCCACGGAGUAUGAGCAAAAUCGGGUUGCCGAGCUUCAGAACCCUCUUGUGACCCUUGCAUUCGAAGAGUCACACACCUUGACUGACCAGAUGGGUGAUGGAGAGCGUCUUGGAUCAGGGAACUUGAAUGUCGACGAGCAUGCCUUCGCCCGGACAUGGUCAAUUUUUGGGGAGCUUCGAAGGGCUUUGCGUGGGCUCAACGGCCUUAGUAUUUUCGCACUUUUCACGUCAACAACUGGCAAAAUUGCGAAUUUGGUUCCAUCGAGGAUGAAGGACCCAUCAGCACGGGUGAUGGAGGGCAAAUACCAUGCCGUACUCCCAUUCACGGGUGUUGGCCUUGACCAACUAGCUACGAAUCAUAAACUGUCACUUAAGAAAGGAUUCGCACUGUCCUACGUUGCAAGUGGUCAGUGGAUGGCGUACCUUGGUCGUCCCCUAUUUGGCUCCUUAUAUGAAAAUUAUGCUGCUCAUGCAUCGACAGAGGACUCAAUGCGCAGGACUCUGCACUUCGCUCAACAGAAAUUGCUAUGUGCUAAUGAUGUUGAUGGAAUGGAGCCAUUGACUUUGGCACAACAGUUGGCAUGUCUCUCUCAACGGCUGGCUCUCGAGCUCAAUUGCACAACAUACACGGCCCAAUGCAAGGAGAGGGAACAGGUUGAAGGUCAUCUACGACUCUGUCUCAAGGUUGACCCAACAUUCGAGACGAUGGUUACACUCUCAGCCUCAGAACCAAUUCUUGCGGAAGCGGCAUAUGUGAUCAUGCAACAGAGCCGCUUCAACGUACCAAAGGCAUUGAGAUCUGUCCUUGACGGUUUUGCUGUUGACAAAGGAGAACGUGGUGAGCUUCUGGCGACACUCCUGCUGACGCUCGCCCGUGAUGAAGCUGUCAAAUCACAACUGCCCUGGUGGGUUUCAAGCUCGGCCGGCACCAACUCAGAUGACGUACCUGGACCUGUCAUGACCACGAAUGCAUUUUUUUCAGGACUGCUGGAGCUCUUCAAAGCCGAUCCUUCCGAGAUUGAGGCCGAGGAUCAGAAGACGAUCGAUGCCUUUGCACAGGAUUUCGAUGAUUGCUUCAUGCACUUCAAUCACUUCAUCAAAGCCCAGCAGCUGGAUGUUUUCCAAGUUGAUCAUCUACUCGGGCUGCUGGCACGUGGAGCUGCACUACUUUGCGCCAACACUUUCGGUGGAGUCGAUGCCGCGCUGACGUUCGUGUCGGGAGCACAUGCGUCGGAAGACACAUUGUACCCAAUUCUAGUCCAGGUCAAGAACGAUAAGAAAUACAGUGACAAUGUCAAAAAUGCACUCUUUGCCCCGAUGGACCCCUAUCGCACGGGAUUUUGGAAUUUUACACAUCAGCCCCAGAAGCCGAUCAUAAGGAUAGUGUUUGCGCUUGCCGUCCCCGAUAUCAAGAGCAAGGUUCGCAUAACGAAGACCGAGAAGAUCGUCAGCAAAUUCGAAGAUGGCAAACAUGCGGGAAAAACAAAAACCUUCGACGCAUACGACAUAUGGAUCGCGGGAUUGUCUCCAAGAGUACUUGGGCCCAUAACCCCCCAGACGCAGGACGUCUGGAAAUCACUUCUUGAUGCCUCAUAUGGAUGGGAUAAGCUAUACGCAAGUGUAAGCGAUGCCGAAGCCGAUCAAAUGAGGUCUAUGACCCCAGGUGCAGGCACAGGACUCCGGCAUUGGAAUGGCUUCAUUGAGGAUUAUGAUGCGAGUAGAGCAGCCUAGGAUCAAUCUGGAGAGGGGAUGGCUUACACGAUCUUCGGCAGAGUGACAUGGACACGUCGCAUCGGCCGCCAUGUAGUACACUCUCCGCAGUAGGCUGUGGCGUGAUUGAUACUAAGUUCUAUGACUCAUGUAAUGUAUUGCUUGAUGGCUACAUACCAAUGGCAUAUGAAAGCAUGGGGAACGAU